ACUCAUCAAUAUCAUCUUCUUCUUCUUCCACACAUCUCUCUCUCUCUCUCUCUCUCUCUCUCUCUCUCUCUCAUAGCUGCAUGAAAACAAUAAUUGCCAACAAAGAAAUCUUUCUAUAAACAGUGAAUAUAUACUGCUUUUACUUAUGGAAAAUUUCUAUAUUUGAAAACCUUCUCUUUCUCAAUUAUUCAUGAAAAAUUAAAGGAUCAAAGUUCCUCAUGCUAUAAGGGUGGACUCUUCUACUGAGCUAAGUAAUCUUAAUCAUGACUGAGAAAAAGUUUGUUAGAUUUGAGGAUUGGAGAUCAGAUUCAAGUACAAGCAUUAUUGAAAAGUAUGAUCUAUCCACUGAUGGAUUCUUCAAAAGAAAAGUUAUAAAAAAACCAGGUGCAAGUCCUACUAAUAAUAAAAGUGAUGGAAAAGAAUCAACCAAUAAAAAGUGUUCUACUAAGAUCAAGGUUCUUGAUCCACAAGGUCCAUUGCUUCAAAAAUGGAACAAAAUCUUUGUGAUCAUAUGUGUUAUGGCAAUUUCUGUGGACCCUCUAUUCCUCUACAUUCCUGUGAUCAAUGAAGAGAAGAAGUGCCUUAGUUUGGAUAAAAGAUUGGAGAUUGUUGCUUGUGCUCUUAGAACAUUCUUUGAUCUUUUCUACAUUAUUAGGAUCUUGUUUCAGUUUAGAACAGGGUUUAUUGCACCUUCUUCACGUGUGUUUGGAAGGGGUGAGUUGAUUCAUGACACAAAAGCCAUUGUCAUCAGAUACUUGUGCUCAGAUUUCAUCAUUGAUAUUCUAUCAAUUAUUCCACUUCCUCAGAUGUACAUCUUAGCUAUCCUUCCAAUACCAUCAAGCACAUUUCCAUACAAGGUAAAGAACAUGUUGAAGUUCACAAUUCUAGCUCAGUAUGUGCCAAGACUUCUGAGGUUGUAUCUUUUAUUCAAAGAAGUGACAAGCACUUGUGGUAUUCUCACUGAGACAGCAUGGGCUGGUGCUGCCUAUAAUCUUUUUCUAUAUAUGCUUGCAAGUCAUGUGGUUGGAGCUUUCUGGUACUUGUUCUCAAUAGAAGCAGAGGUUAGGUGUUGGCACAAGGUGGUGAAAUUUCAUAACUACUCCAGUUAUGUAUACCUUAGCUGUGGUGGAAUGGCCAACAAUAAUCCACAAAUUCAAUUACUUUUGAGCAAGGAUAAUUAUUGCCAGCUUGAGAGCCCUGAUGACAUAAAAGAUCAAAGUGUUUUCAAUUUUGGAAUAUAUACUCAGGCUCUAAUGGCUCAUAUUGUAGGAUCAAGUACAGAUUUUCCUCAGAAGUUCUUCUUCUGUUUUUGGUGGGGUUUUCGCAACUUAAGUUCUCUUGGACAAAACCUCUUGUGUAGUACUUACAUUGGGGAGAAUAUAUUUGCUAUCCUCAUUGCCAUCUUUGGAUUGGUUCUGUUCUCAUCACUCAUUGGAAACAUGCAGAAAUAUCUACAAUCUACAACUGUAAGAGUUGAAGAGAUGAGGAUCAAAAGGAGGGACGCCGAGCGGUGGAUGUCGCACCGGAUGCUACCGGAUUCCAUAAGAGAAAGGAUCAGAAGGUAUUUACAAUACAAAUGGCAACAGAAUAGGGGUGUUGAGGAGGAAGCAUUGAUUAGAAACCUUCCUAAAGAUCUCAGAAGGGACAUUAGGCGUCAUCUUUGCUUGAAAUUACUUACAAGAGUGCCAAUGUUUGAGAACAUGAACAAACAAUUGUUGGAUGCAAUGUGUGAUAGACUGAAGCCAGUCCUUUACACAGAGAAGAGCUACAUAGUUUGCGAAGGCGAUCCGGUCGACGAAAUGCUCUUCAUUAUGCGGGGAAACCUCAGAACUGCCACGACAAAUGGCGGCAGAACAGGCUUCUUCAACUCCUCUGAGCUGAGGGCUGGUGACUUCUGUGGAGAAGAGCUUUUGACAUGGGCCUUGGAUCCAAAUUGCACUCCAAGUUUACCAAUUUCAACAAGAACUGUUGAAACCAUAUCUGAAGUUGAAGCUUUUGCUCUCAUGGCUGAUGACUUGAAGUUUGUUGCUUCGCAGUUUCGAAGAGUUAUAAACAGCAAACAACUCCAGCAUACUUUCAGAUUCUACUCCUUACAAUGGAAGACAUGGGCAGCAUGUUUCAUCCAAGCAGCAUGGCGAAGAUACCGGAAGAAGAAGGCAGAGAGAGUGUUGCGCGAAGCCGAAGAGGUGCAAUCUUUCGGAAUGGAGGAUGGAUAUAGCAACAACAGCAGCUCAUCAUCACCAAGCUUUGUUGCCACAGUUUAUGCACAAAAGUUUGCAGCCAAUGCUCUUAGACCCAUAAGAAGUGGCAAACGCACCAACAAAGUUUCACCACCGACACAGAGGUUACUACCACUUCUGCCUCAGAAACCAGCUGAACCAGACUUCACCUCUCAGAAGCAUUAAAAGCCAACAACAUUGAAUCGGUUAGGCUCUGAUAUUAUAUUAGAAUUUAGUGGACAUAACUCAGCCUUGAAAGCUAGUUCAAGGGCUGAAGAAUGUCUUGAACUUAUAUAAACAUUAUAGAAACAUUAUCCAUGAGAGUGAGAGUGGUAAUAAAUUUCAAGUAAAUGUUGCAGUUGUGUGUGUAAAUACUGUACCUAGAAAGUGUUAAGAAAAAGUUUCAUACAACUUUACAUGGAUAUGCCAUGAAAACAAAUCAGCACUAAUAAGAAUUUUUCUGGUGAUUGUUUUCUGCCAAGUUGAAAGAAGGCCAAGUUUUGAUUGAAGAA